AUGUCUUUGGGAAAGCUGCCGUCUACGGCACCGUGGGAUGUGCCGUCGGCAUGGGAGCAGUUGACGACGGAGGACGGACUGACGUACUACUACAAUGCGGCGCUGGACGUGACUCAGACGGAGCAACCGGCGUGUCUGGCUUCGGCGAUGGACUCAAUAGAGACCGAUGACUACGUUUGGGUGGCUGAUGCCAAGCAUGGCUUUCUGCCGGGAAGAGUCCUCGAGGGCUCCAUCGACGCGCCAGAGCUGGUGGAGACCGAGCUCGGCAGGCAGGUCCGGAUCAAGGCCUCGGCGCGGCGGUCAGGCGCGCAACCGUGCUAUCCGCUGCGGCGGGCGGCACUGCGGGCUGAUCACGACGACUUGGUGCAGAUGGGCGUUAUUGAUGAGGGCAUCAUUCUCCACAACCUCGCGUCGCGGUUCAAGCGCGACGUGAUCUACACCAACAUCGGCUCGAUUCUCAUCGUGGUCAACCCGUACAAGUGGUUCAAGAUCUACGGGACCGAUGUCAUGGAGUCGUACAGAGCGGCUGCGGCGGCGCCGGCGUCGUCGGCUCCGCUCCCGCCGCACAUUUUUGCCAUUGCCGCCAACGCAUACACCGCCAUGUCGGACGCGCUGACCAACGGCUCGCCGCCAAACCAAUCGAUUCUUAUUUCGGGCGAGUCUGGCGCCGGUAAGACCGAAGCAACCAAGCAAGCACUGCGGUACCUGGCACACGUGGCCGGCUCGUCGGUCGACGGCGUCGAGUCGCGGCUGCUCAAGGCCAACCCGCUGCUGGAGGCGUUUGGCAACGCCGCCACGCUCCGCAACUACAACUCAUCGCGGUUUGGCAAGUGGAUGGAGGUGUUUUUUGACGACUCGCGGGCCAUCGUCGGCGCCAACAUCACCAACUACUUGCUCGAAAAGUCGCGUGUGACGCAGCAGGCGCCCGGCGAGCGCAACUACCACAUCUUCUACGAGCUGUGUGUUGCUGCGCCGCCGGCGCUCAGGAAGCAGCUUGGCCUCGGCCCGCCGUCGUCGUUUGCCUACACCUCGACGACGACGACCAUUGCCGCCAAGCACUGGUCCGACGCCGCCAACUUUGCCGAGGUCAUGGACGCGUUUUCCGAGAUGGGCAUGGCCGACGUGGUCGAGCCUGUGCUCUCGCUCGUUGCCGCCGUCCUGCACCUCGGUAACCUCGAGUUUGUGCCCGGUGCGGCAGAGGGCGCAUCUGCGGUGGCCUCGCGGGCUCCGCUCGGCCAUGCCGCCCGUCUACUGGGCGUCGCCGAGGACGCGCUCGAGCAAGCAUGCACUGUGCGGGCGCUGCGCAUGGCGCGGCGUGAGACGGUGCUGGUCCCGCUCUCACCGGCCGACGCGGCCAACAACCGCGACGCGCUUGCCAAGUCGCUCUACUCGCUGCUCUUUGACUGGCUGGUCACCUCAGUCAACGCCUCGAUUGCCGCGCCGCCCGACGCCUCGGUCGCGGCCUCGGUCGGCAUUCUGGACAUCUUCGGCUUUGAGAUUUUCGAGACCAACUCGUUUGAGCAGCUCUGCAUCAACUACACCAACGAGAAGCUGCAGCAGCACUUUAACCAGCACACCUUUAAGCUCGAGCAGCAGCUCUAUGCUGCUGAGGGCAUCUCGUACACCGCUGUUACUUUUGUCGACAACCAGCCGUGCCUUGACCUCAUCGAGGGCAAACCGGCCGGCAUCCUGCAUGUUCUCGACGAGGAGGUGCUCGCGCCGUCGGGUUCGGACGCCCGCUUUGUCGACAAGCUCCUCACCAAGCACGAGGGCAAGUCGGAGCGGUUCGGCCGCGCGCUCUCGGUCGCUUCGGGCUUUACCGUCCACCACUACGCCGGCGCAGUCGCAUACGACGCGACUGGGUUUGUGGAAAAGAACAAGGACCGGCUGGAGGAUGACUUGCUGACGCUGGUUACGGCCUCGACGUCCGAUUUUCUCAAGUCGCUCUUUGCCACUGCGCGCGACUCUGCGGCGUCGAACCGCAAAAAGUCGAUCGGCGCCCAGUUCCGGACUCAACUCAACGACCUCAUGGAGGAGCUCAACGCGACCGAGCCGCACUAUGUGCGGUGCAUCAAGCCCAACUCGGUGAAGAAGCCUGCGGUGUGGGACGGCCACGACUGCCUCAUGCAGCUCCGCUACGCUGGAGUCUUUGAAGCCGUCGCCAUCCGGCAGACCGGCUAUCCGUGGCGGCUCGCCCACGCUGCGUUCAUCGGGCGCUACGGCAUGUUCAACAGCUUCAACCGGGUCGGCGCACCGGCUCAGAUCUGCGGCGAGAUCAUCGCCGCCGCCUCACCGGCGCUCUCGUCGUCGCCUGACAUCCAGAUCGGGCGGACUCGGGUGCUCUACCGCGCCGCCGCCCACAAUGUGCUCGAGAUCAAGCGGUCGCUGGCGCUGACCAAGGCGGCGCUCUCCAUCCAGCGGGUCUUCCGCGGCUUCCGCGCGCGAACGCUGUACGCCGCCAUGCGUAGCGUGUACCUCCAGCUUAAGGACGCCAUGGCGACGCGGCAGCUGGCCAAGCUCCGCCCGGCGGUCAACGCCGCCCGCGCCAUGUGGUUCCAGCUCGGCAUCACCGACACUGCGGAGGCUCUCUGCGUCCAGCUCGAGGAUGAGGCUGAGCUCUCGGUCCUGGCCGCCGCGCUCGUCGACAAGGACCCGGAGAGCCAUUACGAGCAGAUCAUGAGCGUCAUCGGCAAAGCCGACAAGUACGCGCUGGCGCUGCCGGAGCUCGAAACGCUCCGUGCCAACGUGGCCUCGAUUCACGUCCGCAAGCAGGCACUCAAGGACAUUGUCGACGGCACGGCCGACCAUGACCGUGAGCGCAUCACCAAGGGCCUCUCAGUGGCAGCUUCGCUCGGUCUCGACGUCUCGUCGCUCACCGGGCCAGCGGACGUGGCGCUCAAAGCCAUUGCCGCCGAAGAAAAGCUGCUUGCUUCAGUUUCCUCAGUCCUCUCUGCAGCGUCGCCACUUGCUGGCGCAUCGGCUGACGCGCUGGACGCCAUCGUGGCGUCGACGGCGCCGCUCUCUGCGGCGCUGGCCAAGCUGCGCGGAGCGCGGGUGAAGACGCCGGCCGGCCGCGAGCUGCUGGCACAGGUGGAAACCACGCUUGCGCUGCGGACCGCCAUUGCCGGCGCCGACUGGACUGCGCUUGGCAAGCACGUCGCUGCUGCUCGCGACCUCGGGCUGGAGAGCUCGCAAGACGUUGUGGCAGCCGCUGAGGGUUUGGAGCUGCGGAAGAAGAUGCACAAGGUGGCCGGCUCGCUGCGGAGCGCGAUGGAGGCAAAGAGCGCUCCGGCGCUCCGUGGGGCGCUGGCACAGGGCGACGCGCUGGGCAUGGCCUCCUCGCUCUGGUCGUCGUGGAUCGGGCUGAUGGAGGACGCCGGUGACGCGCUGGCGCAGCACGAGUUUAUCGUAGAGACGGUGAACGCAGCGCUCUCACCCUACGGCGACCGGCGACUCGGCCCGCUGCGAGCGGCGCUCGAGGCUGCGGCCUCGUACGGAUUCGUGGCGGCAGAAGACCUCGAGCUUGUCGACAAGGGCCAGUUUGUGUUGCAGACUCGCGAGGCCAUUGCCGACCAGGACUUUGAGGAGUUGGCAGACAUCGUAGGCGACGCCAAGCGGGCAGGCAUCAAGCACCACGAGCUCGAUGCGGCGGCGCGCGGACUCUCGCUCCGCCGGCUCAUGUCUGUUGUGGCCGACUAUCUCACCGAGUCGAUGGCCGACCGCUAUCUGCGCGGGAUGGAAGAGUCGCUGGCCAAAGCGCUCGAGCUCGACAUGGAGGACUCGCUCUGGUCGUCGUGGCACGAUCUCAUUCCCGAGGCAGCUGCGCUUGUGGCGCGGCACCGAGAGGUUACCUCGGGCCUCCUCGCGCACCUGGGGCCGGGCACGCACGGCGACAUCGAGGGCCUGCAGGGCGCGCUGCUCGACGCGCGUGAGUUUGGCUUUGCAAUGGAGGGCGACCUCAUGCUCAUCGGCGAGGCCAAGUUUACGCUCCAAAUCCGUGUCGGCCUCGCACACGCCGAGUUUGAUGCAGUUACCAAGGCCGUGUCACGGGCGUACAAGUACGACCUCGUCUCACCGGAGAUCGAAGCUGCGGCGGACAUUGUGGAUUUGCGGGCCGAGAUGGCGCGGCUGGCUGGUAAGCUGGCCCGGGCUGUGAAGAAGCACGAUGGUGUGGCGCUCGCCGCGCUGCUGGUCGACGCCGCGGCGCUCAACAUGGGCGACUCGGUGUGGUCGUCGUGGCACGACGACGUGGCAGAAGCAACCAACGUACUCCGCAAGUACGAAGUCCUUGUCAAGCUCCUCAGGUCCGCACUCUACCCUGACCGCAGCGUGGACGCGAGCGCAGCGGCGGUGGCGGCCGACGAUGCUGCUGACGACUCGGCGGCGGCACUCGAGGCGGCAACACUGGCGGCUGGAACGGAGCUUGCGCGGACGACGCAGGUGCACAUCGCGGAGCUCGACUCUGCGCUUCGCAAGGCGAGCGCCUUUGGAUUUGCGGCGGCGGCCGAUGCGGCGCUGGUUGAGGCGGCGCAGCUGGUGCUGACCAAGCGCAAGGCACUGGCGCGCGGAAAGUUUGCCAAGAUCGCCAAGGUUGUCGCUGUCGCCCGCGAGCUCGGGUUUGAGGUCGGCGCGGCACCUGGCUCGGGCCGUGAGAUGCACCCCGAGCUUGUCUCUGCGCGCGAGAUGCUCAAGCUGCGGAAGAAGAUGAAGACGGUGGCGGUAUUCCUGAGCGACGCGCUCGCCGCGCGAGACAUGGCGGCCGUCGAUGAGGGUCUGGAGGUUGCGCGGCGGCUUGGACUUGACUCGUCGCCGUGGUCGUCGUGGGGCGGCGCCGUGGCAGACGCUGUAGCUUUCCGGGCCAAGUACGAGGCGGUGCGAAACGAGCUGAUGGAGGCGAUGAAGGUGGCACCUACGAUCGCGUCUGGGGUUGGCCCGUCUGCGGAGCUCUAUGCCGCGCUGGACAUGUACGAGGCGCUCGAGCUCCGUGACGAGGGUGACCUUGUGCUCGAAGAGCGGGCGUCUGCGCUACUGGCGAUGCGGCUGGCGGUAGAGGCUCGCGACUUUGACGCCAUCGAGCCGUUCCUCGGCGAGGACUAUGCCUACCUUGCGCUGCAGGAGACGAGCGAGGGCGGAGCCAUUGCGGCGGGGAUGGAGCUUCGGCAGACGAUGGCACCGGUGGCGGAGUCGCUGGAGGAAGCGAUGCUCAACCGGUCGCUCUCAGGCCUGCGGGCCGGGCUGGAUGCUGCGGCCAAGCUGGGCAUGGGCGUCUCGAUCUGGUCAUCGUGGGGCGCGCUCCUCAUCUCGGCAGGCAAGGUGCUCUCGCAGCACAAGUCGCUGCGGGCGCAGCUUAUCAAGGCGAUGGCGCCGGAGACGUCACCGGCUGGUUCCGAGCUGGAUGCAUUGGUGGAGACCGCGUCCUCGUUUGGUUUCACCGAGACGCGGGACACGCAGCUGGUGGUGCAUGUGGGUAUCCUGGCCGAGCUCCGGUCUGCGGUGAGCGCCGGAGCAUGGUCGGAUGUGGAGGCCAUUCUGGGUGUGGCUGGCUCGCACGGGCUCGACACAGCCGAGACACAAGAAGCUGCAGCGGCGUUUGCCAAGUCGGAGCUUGCGCAGGGCCGGUCUGCGGCGCAAUACGUGAGCGCGCUGCAGGGCGCCAUGGUCGACGCGCUCAACGACUCUGAGCGGCCGCUGCGUUCGCUGCUGACCCGGAUCCGGCUGUCGGGCGUGCGGUCGCCGGCGCUGACAACCGCGCUGGCGGCGGCGUCGGAACUGAUGGCGCAACUGGAGACGGUCCGGGCGCUUCUCACCCGCGGGCUUAAGCGUAUCGACGCACAGGCGCUUAAGGAUGGCGUCGAGCUGGCGGCGGCGAUCGGGUACGCGUCAGCCGACGUGGCGUCGGCACAGGUCCUGCUUCACGAGCUUGCACAGCUAGCGGCGAUGCCGCAGCGUGCUUCAGGCGUGAUGGAAGACGACGAGACGGCCGAAGCGGUAGUCUCGGGCUUGACCGACGAAGCAGCAGCGAUUGGCGACCGAGACGACGGUGGCGUGCCGGCCGCGACUCUGGGCAGCAGCGGCAGCAAGAAGAAGUCGCGGCGGCGGUCCAAGAAAAAGGUGCUCAAGGUCGACGAGGACGGCGUCCCCCUCCCUCCCGACUGGCGGAUGGUGUUCGACGACGUGACCGGCAACAACUACUUUGUGCACACCGUGACGCGCGAGACGACGUGGGAGCGCCCGCAGGAUGCGCAGCCGCGCAAGGCUGGUGGCGUGACCGAGAGCGAAGCGCCGGCCACCGGAGGCAAGGUCACCGACGGCGAAGACGACGGUGAUGCUGGCGGCGGUGACGGCGGAAGCGAGUCCGAGAACGGCGCCGAUGCCGACUCGGCCAAGGGUGGCGCCGAGCACCGUGAGUCGGGCAAGCAGAACGGCGUGACUGCCGACGAGUCACAGACCGGACGCAACAAGUGGGCGAGCAAGUGGGGAGCUGGCAAGUAAAGCAGUAAACAGGCAA